UUUUUUUUUGUCUUUAUUAUUAUUAUUAUUAUGCCCAACAAUACUUAUAUUGGUGCCAUUGACCAAGGAACAAGUACAACUCGUUUUCUUAUCUUUAAUGACAAAGGUAGACUUAUUACUUUUCAUCAAUUGGAAUUUGAACAGAUAUGUCCAAAACCUGGUUGGAUAGAACAUGAUCCUUAUGACCUUUUGGAUUCAACUAUACGUUGUGCAGACGAAGCAUUUCGUAAAUUCGGUAUGAUGGGUCGUACUUUAUCCCAUGUCAAAGCCAUUGGUGUGACGAAUCAACGAGAAACAACCAUAGUAUGGGAUCGAUUGACCGGAGAACCAUUACACAAUGCCAUUGUCUGGAGUGACGCACGGACCGAUCGUUUGGUGGAGAAAAUGAAGAAGAAGCAAAAACAAAUGGGAAUAGAUAUUGAAGGUCUUUGUGGUUUAUCUAUUCAUAAUUAUUUUUCGGCGGUCAAACUUCAAUGGUUAAUGCAAAACGUUAGUAAAGUCAAAAAGGCUAUAGAUAAUCAACGUGCUUUGUUUGGUACAGUGGAUUCUUGGUUGAUUUGGAAUCUUACGGGUGGUAUUCAAGGUGGUUUACAUAUUACAGAUGUCACCAAUGCUAGUCGGACUAUGUUUAUGAAUUUAAAAACUUGUGAAUGGGAUGAACAGUUAUUAGAAUUUUUUGGUGUUCCAGCUCAUGUAUUACCAAAAAUUGUAUCAUCAUCUGAUAUAUAUGGUGAGGCGAAAUGGGGACCUUUGGAAGGCAUGCCUAUUGCAGGAUGUCUUGGUGAUCAACAAGCUGCUUUUGUAGGACAACAAUGUUUCAAGCAAGGUGAGGCUAAGAAUACUUAUGGUACUGGUGCUUUUAUGGUAUUGAACGUUGGUACAACCCCUGUUCCAGCUAGAAAUGGUUUGUUAUCCACUGUUGGUUACAAGUUUGGUAAAUGUGAGACUGUCUAUGCUUUAGAAGGUUCCAUCGCUGUUGCUGGUGCUGCUGUGAAUUGGAUGAAAAACAAUCUGGGCAUGAUUUCUCAUCCAAGUGAAAUCAAUGAAUUGGCAAAGCAAGUGGAAGAUACAGGUGGUGUUGUAUUUGUACCUGCCUUUUCUGGUUUAUUUGCUCCUUAUUGGCGUGAUGAUAGUCGAGGGACUUUGGUUGGUAUGACUCAAUAUACAAACAAGUAUCAUAUUGCUCGAGCUACUUUGGAAGCUGUUUGUUUCUCUACUUAUGCUAUUUUAAAGGCCAUGAAGGAAUCUAGUCAUGUACAACUCAAAGUUUUGAAGGCGGAUGGUGGUAUGUCCAAUUCUGAUGUAUGUAUGCAAAUGCAAGCAGAUAUUCUUGGUCUUCCUGUUGAACGACCAAAAAUGAAGGAAACUACAGCUUUGGGUGCUGCUUUUGCUGCAGGAUGUGCAGUUGGCAUAUGGAAUGGUACAGAAGAUUUGGCUCAAGUCAAGAAUGAGGGACUGGAUGUAGAUGUUUUUGAACCCAAGUUCACAACACAAGAACGGCAUUACAGGCUCAAGUUAUGGGAAGCAGCAUUAGAACGAAGUUAUGGUUGGACAACUGUGGUCGGUGCUGCAAAUGGUGAUUCAUAAUCUUUUCUUUUAAAUAUUGUUUAUAGUAUAGUUGUAUUUUGUUGUUUGUAUAUAUGUAAAUUAAUUGUUUUUAUCAAUAAAAGUUUUUUUUUUUUUUUUUUAUCAAA